AUGGGGCUGGGGCUGGGACUGGCCGCGGUGCUGGCGGCCGCCGCGCUGUGCGGGAGCGGAGCGCUCGGCGGGCGCGUCCUCAGCGGUCAAAAGGUGUGCUAUGGUGGCUUCAAGCGUUCCUGCUACAAGAUAGCUUAUUUCCAGGACUUGUCUAGACGCGUGGGCUUUCAGGAGGCCCGCCAAGCUUGUGAAAUGGAUGGCGGGGCUUUACUGAGCUUGGAAAGCGAAGCUGAGCAGCAACUAAUAGAAAACAUGUUGCAGAACCUCACUAAGUCAGGCUCUGGGAUUUCUGAUGGUGAUUUCUGGAUUGGGUUGUGGAGAAGUGGUGAUGGACUAGCCACCUCCAGUGCUUGCCCUGACCUCUACCAUUGGGCUGAUGGAAGUAUUUCACCCUUCAGAAAUUGGUAUACAGAUGAGCCUUCCUGUGGAAGUGAAGCCUGUGUUGUCAUGUAUCAUCAGCCAACUGCAAACCCUGGUCUGGGAGGGCCAUAUCUUUAUCAAUGGAAUGAUGAUAGAUGCAACAUGAAGCACAAUUUUAUCUGCAAGUAUGGCCCAGACAAUGUCUUAGAAAAAGAAUUAGGAGACAGAGCAGAGCCAGAUUACGGAAUUUUUCCAACGGUGCCAGCAGGAAAUCCAUACGACACAAACAAACCAGAAGAUCAGUAUCAUGUCAUAGCUACUGAAACAGGUAUAAUUCCAAAUCUAAUUUAUGUCGUAAUACCCACUAUACCACUACUACUGUUAAUACUGGUGGCUUUUGGGACUUGCUGUUUCCAGAUGCUUCAUAAAAGUAAAGGAAGAACAAAAACGAGUCCGAACCAGUCUACACUUUGGAUUUCAAAGACCCCUAGGAAGGACAGUAGCAUGGAGGUAUAAUGAUUUACUGACUGAAAGCAAAGCAAAAAUAACAUUUUGCAGUUGGGCUGUAUUAUAAUGUCGUCUGAGAACAUUAGCUUGGAAUGGCUUG